UUUCCUCAAACAGUUUAACGCAGCCGGUGACAUGUUUGCACGGCUCGUAGCUGAAAUAAGCGUUUCUAGCAUUUUGUGCCAACUUACGUCGACACCGCCGGUACAAACCGUCAAACCUUCGAAAUAAGAGCACAAUGUUUUCCGCGCUUUUUACCACUACGAAAACAGUUAGCUUUAGCCUCAUAAACUGUUCACUCUUGUUAGACACUGAAGGACUAUAAUGACUUCCGAGGCGGCUCGUACAGUACACAGAGUAUUCAUAAAUCUGUGUGAGGCGACAAGCGGCCACCAGAAGUCAUUCUGACCUAUGUACGACACCGCUGUUAGCGUUAGCCGGACAAGAAGGCCUGCUCAGGAAGCAGGCGGGAGCUUUUAUUUUCCAAAACUGUUUCUCCAUCUCACCUGUCAGACUGCUGAUUCAGAGGAUUAUAUCUCUUGAUAAAUAUUUAUUUAGGUGGUAAAUUCUAAUUAAGGCUGUCGUUAUGCUCCGUGGAUUUCCUUUCUACGUGUCCCCAUGCUCUCUUUUUCAUUCCUCACUGUCCCCAACACAGAAAUCUGCAAUCCAAGAGGAGGUGAAGCUGUGUCUCAACUUCUCAGCAUCACUGAUACACUACUGAGACUCUGACAUUGGAUUUUCUCCAGCAGCAGAGAUGACUCAUGUCACCAAUCACGGGAAGCUGCUCCUGCAGCGUUUACAUCUGCAGCGGGAGAUGGACUUCUUGUGCGACAUUACCAUAUUGGUGAGAGAUGUGGAGUUCAGAGCUCACCGCAACAUCCUGGCGGCAUUCAGCAAGUACUUUUCCUCCCAGGCUGAAAAAGGUCAAGAUAUCACGAUCUUGGACCCUGACAAGGUCAGCCGGUACGCCCUGGAGAAGCUGCUGGAGUUUAUCUACACUGGACAGAUGAACCUCAGCAGCACCAGACAGGCAGCUGUACGUCGAGCAGCUGUGUUUCUGGGAAUGUCUGAUGCCACAAAAUAUCUGGAGGAAAUCCCUCACUGGUCCGAGCCGAGCGAAACAUCCCAGUCAGAGGCAGAUAAAGAAGCUGGUCUCUCUCCUCCCAGUCCGGCCUCUCCGGGCAGCCCCAGUUCCCCAGUUGCCCUGUCUAUUGUCUCUGUCGCAGCGGACUGGACUGAGGAGGGGAUGGAAGGCAAACAGCAGGAAGAUGAGACCAAAGAUGAAGGUGUGGAAGAAGAAGAAAAAAGCGAUGAAGAGUACACCCCCGCAACUCCAAAGAGCGCUGGACGAGGACAGGGCAGGAAGAGAGGCAGAAGGCCGAAGAGUUUCAGUGGUGAGCAGGCGGAGCCCAGCAGCUCGGCUGAUGGCACUCCAAAAACUCAGAGCUACAGAGGGAGGGGCAGGGGCAGAGGGAGGGGCAGGGGCAGGGGGAGAGGAAGAGGAGGUUUUAAAAAUGAAGAUCUGUCUUUAGAAGAUUCUGAUACAAGUGUGAAGGACUUCGGGGACACCUCUGCAGACUGGAGCCCCUCGCAGGACGAUGACUCUCCGGCCAAGAAACCUCGACUGAGCAGCGGAGAGGGACGGAGAGGACGCGGCCGGGGGGGACGAGGGAGAGGGAGGGGCAGGGGCCGAGGCAGGAGGAGAACCAUGGAGGAGGGAGAGGAGAGCGGCUCGGUGGGGGCUGAUGAUGAGGAGGAGGAGGGUGAGGUGGGGGAGCAGGAUCCGUCAGAGAUGGAUGAGCUGUCGCUGUCGUGCACCGAGUGCAACAAACUGUUCAAAGACGCGAGCAGCCUGCGCCGACACGAGAAAAUCCACAAGGGGCUGAAGCCGUUCGUCUGCAUCUUCUGCUCCAAAACUUUCAGACAAGCUACACAGCUGAAGACACACCUGCGCAUACACACAGGUGAGAAACCCUUUAGUUGCUCCAACUGCGACAAGUGUUUUGCUCAGAAGUGCCAGCUGGUCGCUCACCGCCGGAUGCACCACGGAGAGGAGAAGCCUUACACCUGCGAGCGCUGCGGCUUCAAGUUUGCUACCUCGUCCAAUUACAAAAUACACAUCAGACUGCACAGCGGGGAAAAACCGUACGUGUGUGACAUCUGUGGUCAGGCGUUUGCUCAGUCCAGCACCCUGACGUAUCACAAGCGGCGACACACCGGAGAGAAGCCGUACCAGUGCGAUCUGUGCGGCAUGUCGUUCUCCGUUUCCUCCUCGCUCAUCGCACACGCAAGAAAACACACAGGUGAGACUCCGUACAAAUGUUCGCAGCCGAAAUGUGACGCGCGCUUUGUGACGUCUUCUGAACUGAAGAAACACAUGCGACGGCUUCACCCAGAGGGGAACACCGGUGUGCAGUGCCUGCUCUGUGGAAACAGAUUCGCCAGCGUGAAGAACAUGAUCAAACACCAGGAGAAGGCUCAUGCUGAUGAAGUGCGGCAGCACAAGGAGAGAGCCAGAGCUGUGGUCCUCCUGGCCUCCAGUCAUCCUGUGGCCUUCGUGCAGAGCAAACUGUCCCAGGAGAACAAAGGUUUAGUGUCCAUCCCUGAAGGCGAGCCGGCCAACCCUGAACCAGCCACUCCCAACCCCAAAGCCACAGCUCCGUCCGCAGACGCCGCCGCCGCCACCGAAACUGAUGCUGCCACCACCACCACCGCCGCCACCAUCAUGGAGGGCUUCAAGUCGGAGCCCACUCACCCGCCUAUCACCUCCACCGACCAGGUGACCUUCGAUACUGACCAGGAGCAGACCAUCAACUCGGACACCCUCCACGCUCUGGUGGAGCAGCUGCGGCCGCCGCCCUCCCCGGCCCAGGGCCUGGAGCAGAUUGUCAUCAUCAGGACAGUGGACACCGCCGAAAACAACCCUCCUCAGCAGUGAGGUCCGAGCCGCAGCAGGGUCAGAGGUCACUGUGGUGCGACAUUUCACUUUUUAACACACGAGCUACAGUCAGCCUCAGUGUCAAGGCUCAGAUUCAGUCUUAUACAGUCGCUCUGUGCUGAAAGGUGGAAAUGUUCUACAGCAUCUGAACAUCUCUGCUCGUUUAGAGCCAUGUCUCAUCACUCAAGUCGCUCUGAUUAACGUGUCAUGUGACAUCACUUCCUGCUCUACCUUUUCUUCCAGUGUAGAAACCGAGUUUUUCAUCCACUGUGGCUGUUGAGUUUCAUUCUGUACUUUAAUUUCCCCUCGUUGCCAAGAGACGUCAGACUGACUGGUCUUGGACUAACUGGUCUUGGACUAGCUGGUCCUGGACUAGCUGGUCUUGGACUAACUGGUCUUGGACUAACUGGUCCUGGACUAGCUGGUCUUGGACUAGCUGGUCCUGGACUAGCUGGUCUUGGACUAGCUGGUCCUGGACUAGCUGGUCUUGGACUAGCUGGUCUUGGACUAACUGGUCUUGGACAGUGGUGUGUGUGGCUGGAGACACUUUUCUGUUACAGCUCAGCUGCAGAUGAGAAACUAACAGGAAUAAAAAAACGUAACCAGAUCUAAAUGUUGGUCAGAUAAACGUGUAACAGGACAAACAAUACAACUGUCGCAUUGUUUUAAUAGGUAAGUAUGUAGUUAGUAUAAUCCUAGCUAUCACCAUGAAAUAUGAUUUUAUUUAUCAGAAAUGUUUCACCUGUACGUGUUUGACAUGUGAUGGUGGCUUUAUUAAUGUAAACACAGCCCUGUUAAUGCAAACCAAGGUUUUUCUUUCAGUGUAAUAUGGUUAGUGUUUUUCUUUUGUUCUUGAAAGCAGCAGUUUCAGGUUUUAUCAGAAAUGUUUGUGCUUCAAGUUUGAAAACUGCAUCAUUUACAGUGUUUCUACCACUUAAAGUAGCUGUUUUUCUUUUUUUCUUCCUUUCUUUUUUAUUUUGGAUAAAAUGUCUGCAGUACUUGUACAGAAAUGUGAAUUAGAUAUAUACAAGUUCACUACUGUGUAAAAACUGUACAACUGAACAGGAAAAUAAAAUUAAAAACAAAAUGGAA